AUGUCAGACGAUACCCGCCGCCACUGGCACGGAUCAUCCGGCAAUCGCCACGAACACCACAACGCCUGGGUCGCCGGCGGAGCGAAAGGUCCCGCCGGACGCGCCCCUUGGGCUCUAACACCUGAAAUGAUGAGCAAUUUAAAUGCCAGACGUGUAAGUUUCCCUUUAAGUUCUCGGGGUGUCUCUCGGGUCUCUGACUCCACCGCCGGCGCAUCCGCACACACCCAAAACCAAACCCCCAACCCACCAACAGUCAGCGAACGCCGACGCUCAAGUGCCUCCGGAAACAACGGACCAGGUCUAUUUUCAAAUCUGCAGACGCAGAAGCGUGAGGGUGGUGGGUCCGAUAUGGCGGGGAGAAGGGCUAGUUGGAAUGAACAGUCUGCUAAGGGUGGGGUUUUUUCGAAACUUUGGCAGGAUUAUACGAGGGGUCAUUAA